AAACUUGUUCGAAACUUGGAAUUGACUUUGACCAUUCAAGAUUGGCCAGGUUUGAACAAAGCCGAUAUUUCUUUAUAAAAUCGUGCAAGUGGUGGUAUCAGUAAAUGUACAAGAUUUAGUUUGAGAAUGGCGGAAAAAGCGCCUCAUAGUCGUUUUAAUCCAAACGAAUCGUGGCUUGAAGGCAGAGGAUCGUGGUUGACGUAUGCUGUUGUCGUAUGCAUUACACAUUUAGCCAUUCUCAGUAUACCUUUUAUUGGCACAGCAACGGCAUGGACUCUCACAAGCAUUAUACAUUGCAUUGCAACCUACUAUUUUCUCCACUAUCUAAAAGGAAAUCCAUUUGAAAACUCUGUUGAUGGCGGCUCUCAGGGUAAAGAUCGCAGGCUCACCCAUUGGGAGCAAAUCAAUCAAGGAACACAAAAUACGUCUACAAAAAAGUUCAUGACGCUUGUUCCUGUUGUCAUAUUUAUCCUUGCUAGCUUUUACACAAAGUACGAUGCGGUGCAUUUUCUCUUCAACUCUGUUGCUCUUGCUUCUGCUCUGAUCCCUAAAUUACCGCAGCUUCAUAAAGUUCGUGUAUUUGGAUUUAACAGAUAUUAAGAUUAUCAUGUUUAUCAAAACUAUUUUCAAUAUUAUAAAUUGUUGAAAUUUUACUACGAAGAAAGAGAGAAUUUCGUGUUCAAACUGUCUUCUCUAUCUAUAUGUAUCAUUGUAACAUGGGCGUGGAAAUCAAUGCAAGAAAUAAUCAGACCUAAAAGAGUUAUGCAGAAAAAAUCCUAUAAGUUUAUGUAUGAUGCCUUUAAUUAGCAAAGCAUGUAUUAAUGUAAAACAUCGUCAUGAAAUAAGAGACCAUAAGUUUGAUAAAA